AUGCGGAGCUUACGGGCCAUUUCCUUCUGCUGGGCAGUGCUAACGUGCUUCUGGAUGAGUGUUCAUGCGGCGGCAGCAGCUUCGUGUGAGUCCCGCGUAGCCAUCGGCGACCAAAGUGUCGGCAUUUCAGCGGUGCAAGACGCUUCGUGCAAGAACGGAGGCCUCGGCUGCUUCUCAGACGGCACGUGUCGAUUCUGCCAGAAGGUGGCGUUCCCGCAGAGCAACCACCUCCUCAAAUGCAGUAGCAUCGCCCCAACUUCACAGACCUCGGCACCGACUACAGCCCCACCGACGACAGCCCCACCAGCUACGAGCCCUCCUACCGCCGACUGCAGCGAGAUCGUGAAGAAAUCGACGUUGAACGGGAUCUCGUUCGUGACCGACAAUGCCUGCACCGUCGCGCGCCCGACUGCGAUAGGCUGCACCGCGCGUACGAGCUGCCGACUGUGUCGAACGAGCAAGAACGAGGCCAACCAGUUCCUCGUAAACUGUGCCGUGUUCAAGAAGCCGGAUACGGCGUUGGCACAGACCAUCGUUCUGUCGGAGGGGGCGGCGGGUAUCGUAGAAGGCCCCGGUUCCCCCAAGUACACCGAUAUUUUGCUCGCCUGCCUCAGCGUCAUGGCCCUCGUAGUGGCGAUCCUGGGCCUGGCGCAUUUCAAAGUGUGUCACCGUGAUAACCCUGACAUGAGCUGCUCAGCGGCUGAAAUUGGUUUUGUGGAUCAUGCUAGUUACUGCAUCAAUUCGGAGAAAGCUCGCGUGUGA